CAGGCUCAUGGCGCUUCCCCUUCAGUGCUUUCCCGGUAACCGCGGAGGAGGACGGGAGGGAGGAAGAGGGAAGAUGGCGGCGGGCAGCGCGUUGCGCGGCUGCGCCAUGGCGGUGCCCAGGAAGCCCCAGGCGGCGGGUUGGGGUCGGUGGAUUUCCACAGCUGCUGCCCCUCGACCUUGGCGACUUUUCGGGGCUAUGUGCCUGCUGCGGCUGCCCCGCAUCACGCAGCCUUUGGAGAAGGAGGAGGAAGAGAUGGCGGCCCUCAUGGGGCAGAUCGAGGUGGAGAAAAGCCAUUAUUCAGAUCACGAAAUCCGAAAGCUGGAGGAGGAAGAGCUGCUCAAGAAGAGGAAGGAAAGCCCUUACGAUGAUGAAGCACCUGGCAGAAAGGUCAUCAUGGCUCAGGAUCUGGAGGAAAAGUGGGAACAAAAGUUGCUGAAAUUCAAAGCUGCUCCACGGAUAACAGAUGCUGAUAAAAAAAACAAUCGAAUGUCGUUGAACAGGAGGCUGGACAGGAACCUGAUGUUUCUGGUGAAACAGAAAAUUGGUAACCAGGAGCUGUGGCUCCUGCCUCAAGUGGAAUGGCAGCCUGGAGAGACGCUGCGAAACACAGCUGAGCGAGCCAUGGCUACGUUUUUGGGAGAUCACAUUCAAGCCAAAAUCCUGGGGAAUGCACCAUAUGGGAUUUACAAAUAUAAAUUCCCCAGGGCCAUCAGGACUGAGGAUAACGUGGGAGCCAAAGUAUUCUUCUUCAAAGCCUUCCUCCAGAGCAGUGAUUUGUCACAAGCAAAGCUGAAGAAAGACUACUUGUGGGUCACAAAGGAUGAGCUGGGAGAUUACUUGAAGUCAGAAUACCUGAAAAAAGUCAAUAAGUUCCUUCUGGAUUUAUAAACAAUAGGCUGUGCUCCAGCAGGUGGGGAAGAUGUGGGAACAUCACUCCAGGGAGAAGGAGCACAGCUGCUGUUUUGCAUGGUCUGUGUGUAUGAGAUGUUAACUUAGACUCUGGAGGAUAAUUUGCCUUUGCCUCAUUUCUGAGUUCUCUUCACCGGGCCUGUACUAAAUAAAUAUUAAAACUUAAACUAGGAAGCGAAGCUUUC